AUGUCGACACGCGGUCCGGCGACCGUGGUGACGACGGCGACGCGCGUUCCACCGCAUCGGCGCGCCGCGAAGGGAUCGAGGAGCGCCGUCGUCGCGUCGGCGACGCGACGCGGCGACGGCGACGAUGGACGCGUCGACCGCGCGGCAGACGUCGUCGUCGUCGUCGGCAGGCGGACCGCGUUGGGGAUGGGCGCGUCGGCGCUGAUGUCGGCGUCGCCUCUCGCCGCGCGCGCGGAGGAUGCGGAUCCCUGGGAGGGCUCGUACGUCAAGCCCGCGCUGACCGUCCCGCAGUACCUCGACAAGAUCGCGACGUCGCGCGGCCCGGCGUUCGAAGAGCUCCGCGAGCUCACCGAUCAGCUCAAGUUUUCGCAGCUCAACAACGCGCUGGUCAUCGCGCCCUUCGACGACGUCAGGCAGAGCGCUUACUUCCUUCCUUGGGCGUUGGUGAAGCUCGACGAGGACGCGGGGGUGGCGGCGCAGAGACGAUGGCUGGACUUUCGCGAGCGGCUCAUCCAGCUGGACGAGACGUCGAUCGACGCGGGGCGGAGGGAGGCGGACGAGACGGACGUGGGACGGUGCGUGGACAGGCUGGAGGCUGCGCUGGACGAGUUGAUCGCCGCCGUGCCGACGUCGUCGCGGUGA